AUGAUAUCCAUCGCGGAGUCAGAAUUCGAAGAGGCUCUUCAAUCCACAAUGCUGCAAGAGGACAUGAAUUACAUUUUAAAGUCACAUAAAAACAAAAAGACUACUUUUCAUAACUUCAAAAAUCCGGAAUUAUUGGAACGAAAUCGGAACAGGGAUACACGUAAUCAGUUGAAGUCGAGCAAUGGAACAACUGCAGACAUUUAUGAUCAAUUCUAUCGCGAUCAUCAAUUGCUACUUAAGCUAUUCGUUAUUCUGGGAGUUAUGCCAGUAGUACGCUCGGCACCUGGUAUUGUGACUUUUAGCUGGAAGUCCUACGAGAUGAUUUAUGCAUUUUUUCUAUAUAUAUUUACCUCAUCAUUGGUACUACGAGUUGGCUAUGAACGUGUUAAAUUCAUACAAACCACUGAAGAAUUUGAUGAGUACAUUUAUGGUGUGAUUUUUGUUAUAUUCCUCGUGCCGCAUUUUUGGAUACCAUAUGUCGGCUGGGGUGUCGCUAAUCAAGUUGCACACUACAAAACUAUGUGGGGUUCUUUUCAGGUUCGUUAUUAUCGCGUGACUGGCACAACGCUCACCUUCCCGAAACUUAAUUUUCUUAUCAUUGUGCUCUUCAUUGGUUGUGUAUUACUAGCUGUCAUGUUCCUUUAUAGUCUCAGUCGAUUACUUGAUGGUUUCUUGCUUUGGCAUACAAUAGCUUAUUUUCAUAUAAUCACAAUGAUCAAUAUGAAUGCAGCUCUAUUUUACAUCAACUCGAGGGCUAUUAAGAGAGCAUCUCACAGUUUAUCGGCUUGUUUUAAAAGAGAUAUUAAAGUUGAAUGUACAUCCACCUUAAUAACACAGUACAGGCUCCUGUGGUUAAAUUUAAGUGAAAUUUUUCAAACCUUCGGUAACGCCUAUGCCCGUACUUAUUCCACAUAUCUACUCUUUAUGUCUAUCAAUAUAAUAAUUGGAGCAUAUGGAUCUUUAUCAGAAAUAUUUGAUUCUGGUUUUUCCUUCAAAGUUUUGGGAUUAAUCGUGCUGACAAUAUAUUGUGCAUGUUUGCUAUUCAUUGUUUGUGAUUGUGCUAAUAGCGCUACAUCGGUAAUCGCCCAUGGCAUACAAAAUACUCUACUUAAAAUAGAUCUUUUGCGUAUUGACAUUCAUGCACAACAAGAAAUCGAUUAUUUUAUAUUAGCAAUAGAAUUAAAUCCGCCAGUGGUCAGCUUACAAGGCUAUAGCGUAAUUAAUCGUGAACUUAUAUCAGCGACAAUUUCAACAAUUGCGAUAUAUUUAAUUGUUUUAUUACAAUUUAAAUUAACAAUUAUAGCUGAGCAAACAUAUCGUUCUGCUUUAACACGAACUACAUAAUAUAUGGGUCUUAGAGAUUGUCCAG